GGCAAGAUUUUGACAGAUUUGAUAAGACGAAAAUUGGGAGCAACUAUUUCGGUAUAGUCUAGUCAUUGAGUUAAAAGAAUAUUUCUCAUUGAUUUAAACUAUUAAAAAGCCUUUCGAAUGGCGAUCUUCGAGUGGCGUAAGUUUAAUUUUUUCGAUGUGCGAAAGGGUAUAGACCAGGACCGGUUGGCGGAGACAUUGCAGGGGGCUCACAUAACAGCCACCGCAAGUGGAAACAGCCAGAUUGUUAUAUGUGACUCCGAGGGAACGAUACAUGCCUUCAGUCGAUCCUGGGAGCCGAUCAGUUUCAAGGGUCACGAAGGCUCGAUCCUUUUGUGCGAUGUUUCGAAACAAAACAAUUUGCUGGUGACGGUGGGAGAAGACAUCAACGGGCCCUCGUUCAAGGUAUGGAACCUUGCGAAGGUGUCAGCAAUGGCAGGAGCGCAAUGCUUACGCACCGUUAGGACGAUGGUUUCGGUGCCCAGCGCGCUUGCCGUUUCCGAGGGUGGCCAAUUCAUGGCGAUAGGCUUUGCAAAGGGCAGUAUAUCGCUUUAUCGGGGCGAUAUCAGUAAGGAUCGUUCGAAAACGUUGAAACAACUUUCCGCUGGAUCGACUUCCAUUUCGGGAAUUGCGUUCAAACAUUUUAACAAAAUUACCCAAAUGUUUGUCUGCUCUGAUUCUGGCGUGUAUUUGUUCAAUCUUCAAAGCCGAGAUAAGGAAUACCGUAUUAACCUUGACAUUAGCAACUCUCCGGUUGGUUGCUGCGCGUUGCAAUCGGGCCAUAAUGAGGGCCACUUUAUGGUCGGCAGGGAUGACGCGGUGUAUUGUUACACUUCCGAUGGCAGAGGUCCCUGUUAUGCGUUACAGGGUAAGAAAAUAUUACUCCAGUGGUUUCGAUCUCAUCUUCUAAUUGUGUCGAAGAAUACUCGAAUUAGCGGAGCGAAUGCGGGAGGGUUUGUGUUGACGGUUAUUGACAUUCAGAACAAAUUUAUCGUUUUCACUUGUCCUAUUGAAGAGGUAGCAGCUAUUCUGACUGAGUUUGGAUCGUGCUAUAUCUUGACUGAGAGUAAACAAGUCCUCCAUCUGGACGAGAAAGAUCUGCAAAGCAAGCUGAACAUGCUAUUCAAGAAGAAUUUGUAUGAUAUUGCUGUGAGAAUUGCGAAGAGUAAUCAAUACGACGCGGAUGGAUUGGCCGGUAUUUUCAAACAGUACGGAGAUCACCUUUACAGCAAAGGAGAUUUUUCGGGAUCCGUCGAACAGUACAUCAAAACCAUAGGAUUCCUCGAGCCGUCUUAUGUGAUAAGAAGAUUUUUAGAUGCUCGUCACAUUCACUAUUUGACCGAUUAUCUGCAAGCGAUUCACAAAUCGGGCAGAGCAUCAGCUGAUCACACAACAUUACUGCUGAAUUGUUUCACUAGAUUGGAUAGAACAGAAGAGUUGAAAAAAUUUCUGGAGAACGAAAACAAACUCAAUCUGUUCGACGUUGAUGUUGCGAUUAAGGUUUGUCGAAACGCAUCGAUCGAGCAGGCUCUAUCUCUAGCCAGAAAGCACGGAAAGCACGAUCUGUGUCUCAGUAUUCUUACGGAAGAUCUUCGUCGCUACGAGGACGCUCUGAGCUACAUUCUUCAGUUGGAAUUUCCUGAAGCGGAAAGAAACGUGAAAAAAUAUGGAGCACUAUUGAUGCAACAUUGUCCAGAACAAUCAAUUCAUUUGUUGAAGAAGCUUUGCACUGAUUAUGUCCGGACUGAUUUGGGUACCAGUGCCUUAGAUAAUCACUUUGGGGAAGGGCUGCAAAAUUUGCUCGAAAAUGAGUUCAACGGUGAUCGAGGCAAUCCAGAAGAUUUCAUUCAUCUAUUCUCCAACAAUGAACUGUUGGUAGAUUUUCUGGAACAUUUGAUUGAAAACCUUCCGUCUUGUAGUAAAUCCGUUUACAACAGUCUGAUCGAACACUAUCUUUACUGCUGGCAGGAAGAACCGCUUAUCGAACAAAAAUUGCUCGAUGUACUGAAGAAUGACGCCGACCGCUACGAUAAGAACCACGUGCUGAUACAGUGUCGGGUCUACCAGUUUUGGCCUGGCGUUAUGUACUUGUACGAAGAGGAUAAGUUGUACCAUUUGAUAGUGAGACACUAUUUGAGGAACAAGGACUACGAAAAUUUGCUUGCGUGCUGCAGGAAACUCGGCCUGAAUGAUCCAACCCUGUGGCUACUGGCGCUGAACGGAUUGAAGAAUGAUGGACAUGCCCCUCCUAAGCUGCUAUCCCAAGUUCUGCAAGUUAUUGCACAAGAAAAGCUGCAAGCACCUCUGCAGAUCCUCAACUGUUUGGCGGUGGAAAAUGGACCUACUUUGCUCUCGGUUCGGGACUAUUUCAUGCAGGUGUUCCAAAAGGAGCAAGAAUCGACCCAUCACGACGAGGAGCUUACCCUUGAGUUCAGCGAGAAUUCGGUUUCAAUCAAGAAACAUAUCAAGCACUUGCAGGAGGGCAACGUCGAGUUCCGCAACACGAUAUGUGACACAUGCAAACAGCCCCUCUCCUGGCCAGCACUGUUCUUCCUCUGCAAGCAUUCUUUCCACCAGGACUGCAUUCGUGGCUACUCGGAAACCGAACGGGACUGUCCGGUUUGUAACAAAGCGAAUAUACUGCUCAUGGAUACGCUGCGGGCCCAGAGCGAAUCAAGUGGCCAACAUGAGGCAUUCCAUAACACGCUGGAUCGAUCAAUUGAACCAUUUUCCGUAGUAGCGGAAUAUUUCGGGCGGGGUCUUUUCAACAAGUUACUCAUCGUCGAGGAAGAGGAGCAACCAUCGGUUACAGCGACGGAUGUCAAUGUGCAACAACCUGCGAAGAAAACUGAGCAAACAAGAACCACAGAAGCUUCCCCAAUUCCUUACAGCAACUAUGGACCUGGCGCUGAGGCCCGACUACGCCAGGAGGAAGGUCGAAAGCUUCAGACCCGCAGUGAGGCACAGGAAAGCGAGAUGCGGUUGCGCUUAAUGGAGCAGGAGAGAAUUCGUCAGCGACAGCAAGCCACUGUGCUUGCACAGCAGCAGAUGAGACUGCGAAACGAGCGCAGUCCAAAACGGUCUCCGUUUGGGAGCCCGAGACCACCCUCAUCGCUGUCGAAUCCAUCCCAACCCAUUCCAACGAAACCGACAUCGGUUGGCAAGCCGAAAAAUCCCUUCGACGACAGUGAAUACGAUGCGACGAAGGAUCCAUUCGCAGCGGACGAAUCGACGCCGAAAAAACAAUCCGCGAACGCGAACAAUCCUUUCGAGCAGGAGUACGAUAGUAGUCUGGACCCGUUUGCCGAAUAAAUUAUAUACGCAUUGGAAGUGAUUGUACAGAUUGUGAUAUUAACCAUUGAUCCAAUGACAUUAUGUUAUCGAUUCCAUUAAUAUAUUCAAAGUAUAAUAUCAACUUCGACCGAUGAAAAUCGAUCUGUUUUUCCUACUACCAAAAAUAUGUGUAUCAAUUAUGAUGAAAUAUUAUUGUAAAAGCAUACUCAAUAAACGAACAUUUUUUUAAAUAUUUA